AAGUGUUUUAAGGAAAAAGAAAAAAAACAACACACGCAUUUACACUGAACAGGUGAGAAAAGACUACGCUUGGAGCUCACGUAGAGAAGAUAUGAAGGAUUGCAAAGUCAAGAGAAGUUAAAAACAACUAAGAGAGAGAGAGAGAGAGAGACCCUUUUCUCUAUUAUUAAUAUUUUUUAUAUUGGUGAAGAAAUCCAAGGCAGCAAAGUUUGAAAGAAGAGUAUUUAACUUUAUCUUCAUCCUCGUUUGAAAAAGUCUCCGUGUUUGCUAUUUGCUAUUUGGUUCUCUCAAAAUCUGGACAGAGAAAAAAAGUCUUUGCUUAUCUUCAUGCCGGUGUAGGAACCAAUAGGAGGAGAAGAGAGAGAGAGAGAGAUGGGAAAUUGUUGGGGUUCUACUCCAUCUGAGAACCCUUCUACCCCAAGCACUACUGGUUAUCUCACCACAGGAAUAUCCCAGACAACUAGUAAUACGACAUCUUCAGGGGGCAGUACUAUCUCUAGGAAUAGCAGGUUCUCUGUGGCGAGCUAUGAUGAGAAUUAUCCAAAUGGUCAGAUCCUCCCCACCUCAAAUUUGAGGACUUUCUCUUUUGCAGAACUGAAGACUGCAACCAAAAACUUCAGAGCAGAUACAGUGCUUGGAGAAGGAGGUUUUGGAAAAGUCUACAAAGGUUGGCUUGAUGAGAAGACCUCGGGGAAAAAUGGAAGCAGUACGGUAAUCGCGGUCAAGAAGUUAAAUUCUGAGAGCUUGCAAGGCUUUGAGGAGUGGCAGUCAGAGGUGAACUUCUUAGGGCGACUCUCUCAUCCCAACCUCGUAAAGCUGUUGGGAUACUGUUUGGAGGGCACAGAGCUGCUGCUCGGCUAUGAAUUCAUGCAAAAGGGCAGCUUGGAAAACCAUUUAUUUGGAAGGGGCUCAGUUGUUCAGCCACUUUCGUGGGAAUUACGGCUUAAAAUUGCAAUUGGAGCAGCCAGAGGCCUUGCAUUCUUGCACACCUCAGAAAAGCAAGUUAUCUACAGAGAUUUCAAAGCUUCAAAUAUACUACUAGAUGGGUCCUAUACCGCUAAGAUAUCUGACUUUGGCUUGGCCAAGUUGGGUCCUUCAGCUAGUCAAUCUCAUGUUACAACUCGGGUUAUGGGGACGUAUGGUUAUGCAGCUCCUGAGUAUGUUGCAACAGGACAUUUGUACGUAAAGAGUGAUGUUUAUGGCUUCGGAGUUGUUUUAAUCGAGAUACUAACGGGCUUACGAGCACUUGAUACAAACCGUCCUAAUGGAAGACAUAACUUAGUGGAUUGGAUAAAACCAUACUUAUCAGAUAAAAGAAAGUUGAAAAACAUUAUGGACUCUCGGUUGGAGGGGAAGUAUCCAUCUAAGGCUGCAUUCCACAUUGCUCAACUUGCUUUAAAAUGUAUAGAAUCUGAACAGAAGCAUCGACCAUCCAUGAAAGAAGUUGUUGAGACAUUAGAGCUUAUUGAAGCCUCUGAUGAAAAGCCAAGAGAGCCAAGGAUGCGUUCUACUCACUCCGCCAUUCGUCGGACACCGGGCUAUCAUCAUCAGCAGCCUCUGCACCAUCGUUCCCCACUUCACCCCAGAGUAGACGAUGGUCGAGCAAACCAAUACUCACCAAGGGUUAGGUAGCCUUGAUAUAUAAUAUUAUGGCUUGUGAUCACAUACCAUAAAGGCAUAUAUAUUCAUACAUAGGUAGUAGCUUCUUUAAACAAAUCAUUUUGUUCUUUGUGAGAUCUCAUGUCGAGACAGUUCAUUUUAUCUUCAGAUAUCUUCAUUCAAUAUUGUUCUACUCUUCGCUUGUAUGAAACAAGUUCCUCGGUCUGCAUGUGAAUCUGUAAUUAUAUUUUGGUUGUAAAAGUCUUGAUUUGCAAGGACAUAAAGGGUUGUAGUUAUAAAUAACUUGUUACCAUA